AACCAACCAGUCUUUUAUCCCUUGCUACUUAAUUACCAUCUUCGUCACUCUCUCUCCUCCUCUCAUUGCUCAGUGCCUUUAACGCUCAAAUUUCGAAGCUUCAGAAAAUGAGCUCUGUAAUUUUCCGAUCUGCUUCUAAGGCCGCCAGGUCUGUCCGCUCAGAUUCCGCUUUUAGGAGCUCUCGUUUUUACUCUGAAAAGCGAACUGCAGCCGCUGCAGCAGCAGUUUCAUUUAGUGGAAAGUUGCCUUUCCUAGCUUCGGCUUAUGGGAGGACUGGUUCUGGAAAUGCAUACAAUGGAUGGCUUUCAGGAUCUCUUGCCCUUCCUGCUGCAGUGUACAUGCUCCAAGAGCAGGAGGCAUAUGCUGCAGAGAUGGAGCGCACCUUCAUUGCCAUCAAGCCAGAUGGAGUGCAGAGAGGCUUGAUUGCAGAAAUCGUAUCUCGGUUUGAGCGUAAAGGGUUUAAACUUGUAGCCAUUAAGAUUGUUGUCCCUUCAAAGGACUUCGCAGAGAAGCAUUAUCAUGAUCUGAAGGAGAGACCCUUUUUUAAUGGCCUUUGUGACUUCCUUAGUUCUGGCCCUGUUGUUGCAAUGGUCUGGGAAGGAGAGGGGGCAAUAAAGUAUGGCCGGAAACUCAUUGGUGCAACAGAUCCUCAGAAAUCAGAACCUGGUACUAUCAGAGGCGACUUAGCCGUUGUUGUUGGAAGAAACAUCAUUCAUGGGAGCGACGGACCUGAGACGGCUAAGGAUGAGAUUAAUUUGUGGUUCAAACCAGAAGAAUUGGUUAGUUACACAAACAAUGCUGAGAAGUGGGUCUAUGGAGUCAACUGAUUAGGAAUUUUUGUUUUAUCAGUUCUUUCAGGUCUCCCAUGAGAAGUAAUAAGAUUAUUGGUCUGUUGACAUAUUUCAUUUUGGGAACAUUGGUUUACAACAAUGUCAAACCAACAAAUGGAUUAUUCUGAUAAUAUGUCCUGUGGCUGUGAAACAUGGUGACAUAUAAACCCUGUUUUUAGUGGUUUCUUUUCAAUUUGAAAAUGAGAUGAGGAGGAUGAGAGUUUGAAAGUAAUUUAGUAAAAUGCUAUGUUCUCUUUGGAA